AAUCCCUUGACGUAUAUACUAACUUCAGCAAAGCUUGAUGCCACUAGUUACCGUUGGCUGUCCAGCUUGUCAACCUACAACUUUAAGUUGCAGUACAGAGCAGGUAGCCAAAAUCAAGAUGCUGACGGGCUUUCCCGACGACCACAUGGUGAGCUCCUAGAUGACAUGGUCUCACAGAAGGAGAGAGAAAGGAUUAAGCAAUUCACGCUCCACCAUCUUGCAGGACCAGGACCCGAGUCAUCGGUUCUCAUGGCAGAUACCAUAAAAGCAAUCUGUGAAAGACAUCAGGUGUUGGGAUUAUCUCAGAAUUCUAGUCCUUCUCACUCUUCACUUACCUUGAUUGAAUCUCUUACUAAUGAUGAGGAUGCUCUGCCGAACGAGUUCCAACAUGAAGAUAGACAUGGUCUUCCAGAUCUUCCCCACCUUUCAGAAGCUUCCUUAGUAGACCUACAGAGGAAGGAUCCAGAAAUAAGAACCGUUAUUAAAGAGUUGGAGAAAGGCAAGAAACCUUGUAACCUGAGGAAUCAACCACCUACCAUGAAUUUGUGGUUUAAAGAGUGGAACAGACUUGAGCUGAGAAAUGGAGUGCUCUAUAGAAGGAGACAGGAGAGUGGAGCCUCUCAGUACCAGUUAGCACUGCCCACCGCAUUGAGAGACAUGGUGUUGAAAAGCCUUCAUGAUGACAUGGGUCACCUAGGUAUUGACAGGACCUUGGAUCUCCUCAGGUCAAGAUUCUUUUGGCCGAAAAUGUCACAGGCAGUGGAAGGAAAAAUUAAAACUUGUGAACGCUGUGUCCGUAGAAAAACACCCCCAGAAAGAGCAGCUCCUUUGGUAAACAUCCAAACUAGCAGACCCUUAGAGCUGGUAUGCAUAGACUUUCUGUCGCUGGAGCCAGACCAAAGCAACACCAAAAACAUACUGGUUAUCACGGACCACUUCACAAAAUACGCUGUUGCGAUACCAACUCGGAACCAAACUGCUCAAACUGUUGCUAAGAGUUUAUGGGACCAUUUCUUGGUGCACUAUGGGUUUCCGGAGAAACUACAUAGUGAUCAAGGGGCUGACUUCGAGUCACAUACCAUAAAGGAGUUGUGUAAGGUCGCAGGAAUUCACAAGAUAAGGACUACCCCAUACCACCCACGGGGCAAUCCAGUGGAACGAUUUAAUCGUACUCUCCUACAGAUGCUGGGGACACUGGAAAAUGAAAAGAAGUCUCGCUGGAAAGAGUUCGUAAAGCCUCUAGUGCAUGCAUACAACUGUACCCGAAACGACACCACUGCGUACACUCCUUACGAUCUCAUGUUCGGACGACAGCCCCGCCUGCCUGUUGAUCUGGCUUUUGGAUUGCCAACGGACACCCCCACCAAGUCGCACUCUCAAUACGUGCAGGACCUAAAGAACCGGUUGCGUGAAAGCUACGAGGUAGCUGUUAAAAAUGCUGGAAAGGUAGCUGAGCGUAAUAAAAGAAGAUUUGACAAUCGUGUGGUUGCUUCCACAUUGGAGGAAGGAGACCGAGUUCUUGUAAGGAAUGUGCGGUUGAGAGGAAAGCACAAACUGGCUGAUAAGUGGGAACAGGAUGUCCAUGUUGUUGUCAGACAAGUCAAAGAUCUGCCAGUAUACACAGUCCAAUCAGAGAGAGGGAAUGGUCCUCUUCGGACCUUGCAUCGAGAUCUAUUGCUGCCAUGCGGGUUUUUGCGACCAAGCAAUCCCGAAGAACAACCAAAGCAGAAAGUUCGAAAGCCAAGAACCAGAGCUUCUCAUGAUAAUGAAGGGAAACAUGAGUCAGAGUUUGCUUCUGAAUAUUCACAAUCUGAGGAUGAACAAACUCCAUGUUAUGUACCUGGGAGAAUAUUGGGCUCUGAAACACAAAUCAUUACAGGCCUUGAGCACUUACCUUAUUUCCAACCCCCCUUAUCUGCUUUACCCAACUUACCUGUCCAGAAACCUGUGGAAAGAAAUCCUGAAGAACCUUUAUUGACGUACUUACCUGUCCGGGAACCUGUGGAGAAAAAUGUUAAUGAGCCUGUAAGGGGUGAAACAUGUGUGGAUGAGGUUGAAUCAAAUUGCACCAACCCAGAAAUUACUGUGGAGCAAAUAUCAGAACCAGAACAAUCCUCUAUGUCCCUGAAUGAAUACCCUACUCAAAUUCAAACAGCACCUAUUAAUUCUGAAUCAGAAAGUGAAGAGAGAAAUCUGACUUCAAAUGAAACAAGUCACACUCAAGACACUGAAAACAAAGAAAGGAGAACUGAACCUGAAAACAAUAUUGGCCCCAGACGCUCAGUGAGAGAGCGACGCCCCCCUAAGAAAUUUGAAUACCCCCAGUUAGGGAAUCCACUUACCUUAGUGAUUCAGUCCUUGUUACAGGGUCUAAAUGAAGCUUUUAGUUCUUCUUUAGAAGAGUCAGCCGUAGCCCCCAUAGUCCACUUAUAAAUGCAACGGGACGUGCAUAUGUUCCAGAGGGGAGAGUGUAACCCAGGUUACUAUUGCCCACAUAUCCCUGAAGUGUAAAAGUGAGAACAGAAAAUUUAAAAUAUCCAUACGAGCAUUUUAUUUAGUUAUUUGAGUGCCUGAGCAACGCAUUUCUGUAAAAAAGCAGUAAUAAAUAAAAAAAAAAUUAAAACAUAAUUGUAAUGAAAAGUUGAGAAUAACUCCGCCCUUAGACGAUUACGUCAUUGGUGCGCUGAUCAGAAACGAGCAGACUCUCAUCACGGAGAGAAGUGAGAUGGCCUUUUGAUCAGAUAUGUGCAUAAUCAGAGUUUAAAGAUCGAUAAAAGUGAGUAAAACACUGGAUUAAUUGUUAAAAUGCAUUGAUUGAAACACUGAUAACCCGAUUGUGUUGUUAAUCAAAUCUAAAAUGCGUUUGUAUUGACCUUAGAGAUAUAUUGAGACGUUGGGCUGAUCUAUCCAACGAAAAUACAGCUUAAAGCAGUAUUUCUAGAUACAUCGGGACUUUUUCUGAUCGUUAUUGAUUUGUUCUUGGUUGGGUUUUUUUUUCUCUCCUUUUGUUUGUUUUUCUUCUAUCUUAUUGUUCCCUGAUCUGCUACAUAUCUCAUUGAGAUUUGACAAGGAUUUCCUUGGAUUCUGGAGUUUCAACUGUUUCUGCCAGUAAUGAGAAGUGUUUGAUAUUGGUAGAAACUGGCGAGCCAACCGGUUUAUUCGAACUAUGCACAUUUCGUGUUCAUCAAAGUGGUAGGAUUACACACAUUAUUUCUCCUGGACAUUGCCAUACCGUGAACAGAAAACGGUCUUCCAUUUUUUUUGUCGUGGAGUUGCAUAUUUGCAUUAAGUUGACUGAACAUUGAACAAAUAGCACAAGGGACACUGAAUUGAGUCAAUCCUUUUAUUGGUUGAACAUUUCUACAAUUUAUUGAAAAUAUACUUUGAUUGCAUUGUUAUUAGAUAUAUAACUUA